CAUUCCAGUACGCAUGCUCGCCAUUUUGACUUUAUGUCUGCUAAAGUGAUUGUGAACAAUUGUGAAGUUGCGUGCCAUCUCAUUUUACAUUAAAAAAUGGCACGAGUUUAUGUAUACGAACGCCCAGUGGAUGCUGUUUCGACGAAUGAGUCCUUCUAUGAGAAAUUGAAUUAUGUUACAACUGCACUGCAGAUCAAACAAGAGCCAAUUUCUACAGAUGACAAUUGUCAGGACAGUACUUUGCCAUUGGCGGAUAUCAAUACCAAUACCACUACCGUAACGGGUGAAACAAUUGUUCGGGAAACACAACUAUGGAAUAACGUAAAUAAUCAAGAGAAUGAGCUUGUGUUAUCCAAGUACCGGAAUGAUACAGAUCUAUCAGGCACGAACGUCGUCAAUACGCAAAAGCGUAAAUGUUUAGCAUUUGAGAAUUUUGAAGUGUCUGAGAAAAAACUCGGCGUUGGACUUAAGUCGCCGGAAUCAAUCGAAGCAACGAUUGAAUCUGACGUAUGUUUCUUAAACUUUAAGUCAUUGAUGGCGUCAAAGGUUCACACAGAUUAUCAGACUGACGGGGCCCUACCUUUUUGUAAUAAAUAUCAUACAAUUUGUAAAUCAGCUCACUUUUUAGAUGAACAGAAAUGGAUGCGUAGGUGCAAAAUCAAGACAAAGGUAUCAUUUUGCUGUCGUUUCUGUACGGCUAAAUACAGAACGAAAUCGAAUUUAAAAUGCCACGUGUUCCACAACCACAGUAAAUUAUUACCUUUCUCUGCAGAGAAAGCUGAUAAUCAUAGUGAAACUGAUAAAUCUAGUAAAAUUAAAAAGAUCAAAACUGAUGAAACUAAUGAAACUGACAAACUUAGUGAAUAUUGUGAAACUAGAGAAACUAGGGAAAUUGAUAAAACCAGUAAAAUGCAAUUGACAGAGAACACUGAUAAUUACGUAACAAGUCCUUCUGUACAUCAGAACGGAAAUGAUAAAAUCGACCCUACUCCCACAAAAAUGAAACAAACGACUAUUACUCAGUUCCUUUCAGAGUACACGAGAAUAACAGAAGAUUUUUGUCCAAACAAAGUUCGUAAUCCAAAAAAAACUCUGAAAAAAGUGAUACCUAGACAAAAUAAGACACUAACAGAGAAAAUUGAUCAUUGUGUCGAAACUCCGAAAAUAGCCAUACCUAGUCAAAUGAAAACGAUAUUGGAGGCAUCCGAACCUCAAGGGGAAGGCCGAAGGAAAAUUGUAACUAGACGAAGCGGCACGACAAGAGAGAAAGUUAAUCUACAUCUAAAAACUCAGAAGAUAACUAGACAAAGCGGAACAGUAGUAAAAUCACUUUCCACUCUUACCAAUGAGAAAACAUUGAUUACCACUGAAAGCUCUACGCCGAAUGGCAGCACAACUGAGGAAAACAGUUCAUUUGUCAAAAUACACAUUGGUUGCGACAUGAUGAAGGCCUUGUUGAAUAAGAUCAUAAAAACCGAAUUAAAAGCUGAACCUUGUCAUUUCGCGUUAGAAAAUCACAACCUUCAACGCGUGACAAGAAGUAGUCUUAGACGAUCGUUAAAUGACUUAAAUACAACUCCUGUGAUAAAAUCUCCUAAAAGAAUUAGGUUUAGAAAGCGAGCCGCUAGCACGCCUAAAGAAAAAGCUGAGCAUCAGUCGACGGAGAAGGAACUGAGAGCAAAAUUCAAAUGUAAAAACUUAAAAGUUAAUCUAGUUAGAUGCGACAUGGUCGUUAAAACAGAAACUGUUGACGUCACUCAGAUUUCAGUGGAAGGAGACGAAAAAAUUGCAGAAAUGUGGCAAAAGAAGGUGACGUUAAAUAGAGAAAAUGCUCCACUAGUCAAAGUGAAUGAACUCAUAAAAGUAGAAGUUAAAGAACCGUUCCUAUGCUCAGAGGUGUCUAAUGCACAUCGAGACAACACGAAAGCCAAUUCGCGUAUACUGUUCCGGUGUAAAGCUUGCAAAAAAUGCUUCCCCAUAAAGAAAAAUUUACGUAAACAUUUCGAGCUGCGCCACGUGUUCUUCAAAUCGAGCAUAUGCGACGCUAAGUGCAAAACUAAAUUUGAAUUGCAGAAACACUACAUGAACAAACACAGCGGUUUCAAGCGCAUGCAGUGUUGCGUGUGCUUUAAGAAGUUCUCAUCACUAGUGAUGUUGAAGCAGCACCUCAUACUACACUGUACCCAAGUACUGCUACCUAAACGCAAGAAACAAUGUAUCAAAGAAGUGAUCAAGUGUAGGAUGCCCGAUAAGAAGUGCUCGUGCAAGGCUUGCGGCAAGCGAUUUUGGUUGAAGUCCUGUUUGAAGGAACACCAAAAACUGUGUACUAAAAUGAGGGGGAGGGAGAAGCAGUCGCAAAACGUGUCUAAUACCGUGGAAACAUCAACGAAACGAGUAUUGGAUGACGCGAACAUUAAAUUGAAUGCGCCACAAUCUAAGUUAUGUUUGAUCAACGAGUAUUCUAAUGGGGCUAUAUCACCGCCAAUGAAACAAACGAAGAUGUUGUUGAGGGGUACCACUUUUGCGAAGGGAUACACCAUAGACUAUUCUGGCGUGAAUAAGAACACAUUCGAUUGCACUACUUGCAAUAAGCACUUCCGAACAUUUCGAAACUUAUGUAUGCACGAACAGACCUACUCCAAAGCCGCCACGCAUGUUUGCACGAUCUGCAACACCGCGUUCAGCACCAGGACAUUACUGCACCGUCAUCAUCAAUUCACCCACACGUUCAAGACUCUUACAAAGCACAAGUACUUCUGUACGUUCUGCACUCAGGGUUUCCGGAAGAAGAUGAAGAUUCAGAUUCACACGAGACACUUUCAUGCUGGUGACACACCCAUCAUUCCCAUACCAUGGUUAGAGUGCACCGAAGACUGGGAGGUGAGCACAAUAUGCAGCGUGUGUAAGCUAGAGUUCAAUUCCAGCGAACAGUUCAUUCAGCACAAUAUGUUUUACUAUAAGGGUCAAAUAUUCACCUGCGCGUUCUGCAGUAAAACCUUCCAAGGAUUGUACAUGCUGCACAGUCACAUUAAAUCCGAGCACAACACGGAAGAUGUGAAGAAACAGUACACGUUCACAUGCGACAUUUGCAACGAGGGCUUCAUCAUAGAGUCACAUUGUCAUGCGCAUAAAUUGCACGUACAUUCGAUGUUGCAUGAGUCUUCGCAGUACCUACAAGAUCAUGCCUAUGUUAGUGCGGCGAAUGGAAUGGAAUCGACGAAUGGACCGAUUCCGAAAUACAACUGCAAUAUUUGCCACAUGAUUUUUAUAGCUGAAGAAGACCUGCGUCAACACAAAAUGGAGUACACUAAUGACGGCAAUUACUUUUGCUCUUUCUGUACCAGAAAAUGUCUUACAGAUGUCAUUCUCAGUAAGCAUGUGAGUUCAUCUCAUACUUGCUUCAACUUCAUUGAUUGUUAUCAGUGUCACUACUGCAAUGAAGUGUUACCCUCGUAUACAGAACUGAAGUCUCAUAAAAUACACUUUCACCCGGAGAUGAGCGGCUCUCAACAUGACUGCAGUAAUCAAAUAAUCGCGAAUCAAACUACUGAAGCACCUGAAGACAUUGCAAACACUUUUAGCUGUACUAUUUGUGACACGAAGUUCGAAUGCUUGGAAAAAUUGAAAUAUCAUUCCAUGGCAUACUCGACCGAAGGCUUGUACAAUUGCCAUGUUUGCAACCGUCAUUUCCCAAAGCUAAAUCACCUAGAGGUCCACAUGUUGAGACACACGAAUUUGCACUUCAUUCUAUCUAAAUAUCACUGUCCCGUGUGUCGCGAAGGAUUCACAAAUCAGGUUAAUGUCCGGAUGCACGUGAUGCACUUACACCCAAGCACGCCAAUAGAGAAACCAUUAACCAGUGAUGCUCAAAAUACACAAAAAUUCAACUAGAAAGAUAUUAAGCCUAAGCUAGUUUCAAAUAGUCAACCGAACAAGUUGUCAAAAUGUCCCGAUUGUAUGAUGACGUUUGAUUCCGCGAGGGGUCUGCUCCAUCACAAAGUUCGCUACUCGAAUGAAGAGUGCUAUGUCUUCGAGCAGUGCAAUAGAAAAUUCCGGUUUGCGUUCCUGCUGAAGGAUCAUUUAAAGAAACAUAGUCAAACAUCUAAACAUAACGUCAAACAUAAUCAAACAUCUAAACUACCCGUGUCCUUGGUGCAAUGAUAAAUUCCACAGUUUAGAGGCCCGUUAUCAGCAUAUCAUCCAUCUUCACUCGAAGGACAUCAGGAAAGACAAGGUUUCUCAUCUUAUCAUGGAUCAGAAUGAUCCUGAAGCUGUUGAGCUAUUACAUAUUGAGGAACGUGACACAUCAUCGCAUCGAGCACAUACCCUGGCAGACCGGUCGAUUCCCUUUGCGAAUAGUGAAACUGUUAAUGCAACCAAUGUAGUAACAAAUAUGAAUGAAUGUAGUAACAGUCAAAAAUAAUUAGCAAAAAUUAAUUGAGUGGCGGAUACGAGUGCAAUCUCAACCCAGUAGGAAAUACAGACUGAGAAUGUAAAUAUAAAGACUGUGUACGAGAUCUGCCCCGUCUGUAACAAAUGUCAAAUGUUCAUCACCGGCAAUGUUCGUGAUGCAUCUAAAAAAUGGGCAUGGUCGGCGGUUGAGGGAAUCAUCUAUAACCAGCCUUGGCCUUCGCUAGAGCACGUCUACCUUCUGACCAGUGGCAUCGUUUUCACUAAAGAACAUAACCUAUUGGCACAGCUGAACAAAUCGUGUACGUGCGGUGAAGAAGCAGCUGUUCAUCCCAGGAAGGAAAACACUGAUACGGUGGAAGUCGUUUGGGAAAAGAAGGUGAAUGCUGUUAAACAGAUUGGGGAACAGGACGAUCCUGAGGUUUAUAUUUUGUGUUAUAGUGAGCACACUUCUAUAGCUAACUAUGACAAAACAGUAUCAAUGUCAGAAUCAGUCUGGUCAAGUGUUGAUAGCAAGCUGAGAAUCAAAGGUUUUGCCAAGAUAAUAUAGAUCUGGUUUUUCGAAGCUAUUGUUCCUUUCUUUUUUUCGAAAAACAAACGUCAGUGUUAACUUGAGUAGUUAGUAUUAUUAAUAUAGUUAACUUGAGUAGUAUUAUUUAAUGAUCUUGUUAUUAAGGGGUCGAUAUGUUGUGGAGUACUUGUCGUUUACGUUGGAGCGUUCACAGUUCUUUACUGUGUUUGGACAAGCGUGAUUUAGGUGACUCCCUAAGUACCGUCUAACAUUAUUUUGCUACUGAAGCGAAUUUGUAUAUUUAUACGAAAUUAUAUAUGACAUUAUUGUGUCGAAUGUAAUAUUUUGACAUUUUGGAAACUAUCUAUUGCUGUUUAUAGUCUGUAUUCUAGUGUCACAUAUUAACUAGUAAUGUUCGAGUUGGUCUAUAUUGGAAUGAAUUUUGCGUAUUAUAACCUAUAUCAUAGUGUCUUAAUUAGCCUUGAAGUUUCGUUUUAUUCCAAGCAUACUUUAAUCAAAUUAUCUCCGUUAUAAAAUUUAUUAUUACAGCCUAUAUCAAAGUGUCCUAAUUAGCCUUGAAGUUUCGUUUUAUUCCAAGCAUAUUUUAAUCAAAUUAUCUCCAUUAUAAAAUUUAGUGAAUGUAGCUGAGCACAGAAUUUGUCAAAUUUGAAAAGUUCAUAGAAACUUUAAUUCCAACGCUGAUCAAGUUUGCUAAACUUGAAAACUAUGAUCUAUUUAGAAUAUAGCAUACCAUCUGCAAGGUAUGAACGAUGCAGUUAAAAGUAUUCUAAACACCUUUGGUUUAUCCAUUCUGUUAGAAUUCUUUACACACUGCUAUCGUCUAAAUUGUUUUACUUCAAUCCUUUGCACUCGGCGCCAUUCUUUAGCGUCUUCCACACUUUGUCGCGAAAACGCGCACCUAGGAAUUGUCACAUUAUAUAGUAUAGCUUUGGAACCAAGUAAGGUAUUGCCAUAAUGUUUGAUUUAUAUGAAUUGUAGAUAUCGUUGACAUUUGCAAAAAAAAUCAAAAUGUUAUUUCUUAUAAUCUUCUACAAGUUUUUUUUUAUUAAAAACAUUGAUUUCCGUAUUUGUGUAAAUAUACCUUUUCGAUUAACUUUUAUUGCGUAGUUAGAUGACAUUUCAUAUUUAGCAAUUCUUCUGCUACGACAAUGUUGGUUUGUACAUAUGGUAUCCUUUUGCAUUAGGAAACUACUUUUUAUAUCAAUGUAAUCACUUAUUUUAUAUCAAAUACUACGUAUGCUUUAAUAAAUUCUGUAGCAAACAAUGUAGUUUGAACAAA